AUGAGCACUGAGGAUGAUUACUCCGGAAUAGAUAAGGAGGAGUGCGAGAGCACUGGUGAGGGUGCAACAGCGGAAGAUCCAUCGCGCUCGCCUUCUGAUUCGCCAAACUGUGAGAGCUCUCCCGAAGAGCCUGGUGCAAAAGAGCAGACAGUGCCGCUUCAAUUUCCCAAGCUACCCGUCAGUCCAAAGCAGGCCGCCAGGAUUAAGCUCUAUGGACGCGCACCCAAUCCGUCUAUGGUUUUGAAUGGAGUAGAGUAUGUGCUCCAGAGACGACGCCGUCCCCGUUACCGAACUGACCUACUCCACGAGGAUAUGUUUGUUGUCGUCCGUAUGCAAAGGUUGUGCGGACCUAAGGAGCACAUUAAUGCCAUUGCUCGCGUUCCAGCUAGGCUCUCCGUCCCCAUUCUAAACGAAAGCUUUGACAUUGAUGCAUAUCUUUCCUCCACUUGUGUAACCUUAGAGGUCUUUGACGUGCGGCGGCACUCCAGCGACAACACUGUCCUUGGACGUACGCUGCUCUAUCCUCGUUCCGAGCAGACAACCUUCUAUCUCAGCGAUAUUAUUGGGUUUGCAGAGGUGUUCAGGCCCAGAGGUGCGGACUUAGUGGCUCAUGGCAUUAUUCCAGGCUCUCAGGCUUGCUUGGAGCUAGCCUGCACAGAGGCCUGUCCCUCCAGAGUUGUUCCAGCCAAAAUGUGGCGGCGUGCAAAGCUUUUUGUAGUGAAGGCCACUCUUGGCUUAUCCAAGUUUCCACUUGCACCAUUAUUCUUGCUCAAUUCAGAACUCAUGGAGAAGGCCUGUUCUGACAAAGUAGAGAACAUGGAGGAGGUGCGGGGCUGGAUGGACACUAGCCGUGCACGCCUUUUGUCGCUAGCAUCUCUGCCUCCGUUUCCUAACAGCAGUUUCGAUAUUAGUCAACGCGUUCUUUCGGCAUCGCUAGCGGGUGCUGGUGCUAUGUGUCAAUUACUUGAUAGCUUGUGGGAGCACUGCAACAGCCUCCCAGCAGUCCUCUCUGAUCUUUCCAUAGACGUCUUCUCUGCGUUGUUACGUGCCUUUCUUCACCACAACACUCCUACCUGCGAUGUUCUGGAACAGAUGAAGACUAUGUCUAAUUGGUGCGCUAUCUUUUCUUUUAAGCUCAAGAACAUCGAGUCUACAAAAGUCUUGACGAAGUGGAUCGGGAGGACAUUCAUGAAGCAAAUGUUCCCAUACCUCAUUGAUUCUCAGAGUGUGACCGUUCCAACGUGGUCCCGCGCCUGUGCAUUAGAGCCAUCCAUAUCCAUAGAGCUACUUGAUGCUAUUUAUCACCUUGAGGUUGAACUUUUCAAGAAUCAGUCUGUCUGCUCUGAGCCAGACUACACGCCUCAUCCAGCGAACCACAUGCAGGGAUUUACUCAACUUCUAGAUCCUGUCUUUAAGAUCUGGCUUCAGUCAUUUGAUGAUGCCGUGCAUGCAGGGAAUUAUGGAUACGCUUUCCUCAUGGCCUCCAAAGGAAAAACUAACGACUCUAAUUUAUUUGCACCAUUAGGCCUUAUAUCUUUGUCCAAGACGCUUGUAUUUUCAAGCAUUGACUUUGAGGUUACACAGAAGAUGAUUUUGCAAACACCUAGUGCGAUAUCCAAAUACGUUACCACUGCCCCCAUAGACUGGGUUAUCCUUAGUGGAAAUAGAGACAUGCUUACUGGAUUCUUAUCUACUUGCCUAGGAAAUAGCGAGUCCUCUAUUGAUCUUGUCUACAAGACCUACGAAUUUGCUUUGAAUGGGGGCAUUCGAACCCUUCGAGACGUUCCGCAGCAGCUGAUGCCAACGUUGACUCUUCCUCAUGCAAUUGCUCUCAUCAUGGGCUCUAUGGCUUUUGGGGACGCAGACCAGCUUCUAGCGCUGUUGAAAUCCCUGCGUACAUGUGUGUUUGAGCCUGCCACGGAAAACUGCAAUCCCUUCCCACUUUUCAACAUCACGAAGGCAUUUAUAGAUAGAUUGCUUGUGCUAGAUGAUGGCGGCGCUUGUAGAUUCUCUGUCCCAGUGUCUCUGCAUGCAGUCCUUAUGGAGCUUGUUAGUCCGUACAUAUACCCCCUCUUUUCAACCAGCGAUCAAGUCAACUUAUUAUCGGCCAUCAUUGAUAGUCAAAUAGAUCAAGACUUCAUCGUAACGAUGCUCACAACGCUUUCUUCUAGGGCGUCUGUCUUACACUGCAGCGAGUCACGAUGUCUUUUGGAGCACGCUAUCAAGAGAGGUAAGUUGCAUGUUGCUGCUUGCCUAUUGUACGAUCUGUUCGUUGAUCCAAUUAAGCACAUGGGCUCGUGGUUGGCGUCGCUAGGCUGCUAUAGUGACGAUGUCAUCCUGCACUUUAUAGAUUCAUUGCUGCUCAGAACUACGCUGACAGAGUGUGAUUCCGCUAUUACUGCAAUUUACGAGAAUACCUAUGGCGCACUGAUACGGCAGAAACGGUUUGACAGCUUGCGUGUUAUUAACGCCCAUGUAAAAGACCUUAUGUCAUCAGACGCAUUUCUCGGUUAUAAGCGAGCGCGGUCUGUUGAUGAGGACAUUAUUAAGCUCUAUCUAUUUGCAACCAUGGCACCAUCUGGAAAGAUACUGAUUUCUGAUAGAACAGUCGACGACAUCCUAACCCUGGUGGAUAUUUUUGGGCCACAGUCCCUGGCCUCAGCUGAUAUGCUUUUCCAACUGGGCUCAUUUGGACUGGACGAACUGCUUGAGGAAUUGUUGGGCUCAGAGCUUGCCAUGCCAUCGGAUCAGCUAUCACGUGUCUUCGCGGACAUCAUAAACAGAGUUACGUCUAUCUUGCCAAGCCUUUUAACUAUUUUCCUCAGAUUCCUUGAUUACGCGCUUUCUCCUCUGACAGACAAAGAGGUCAAGGAUGAGGUUACACGCCCGUUCCUUGACUUCCUUAACCAUCCCAAUAUCAUGGUUCUUUACCUUCUUGCCGUAGAAGACAGCGUCGCUCUCAUACACGAACGCUUGGAAAAGCAGCUUCAAUCUUCUGGACUAUCAUGGGAUAAGAUCGCCAACAUGCUGGCCGGAGGGGAUGUGGAUCAGGUGAAAGGCAGCGGGCUUACCUAUCUAGGUAUUGUGCAAAGUAUCUUGACAAGCGCUCUAUCGGAGUACAACACUAAGCUGGAUCAGGCGCGGGGGUUUGCAAAGCUUGCAUGCACACAGAUGACCAGCUCUAGCCUGAGGGCCAUGGUAGGCCACCUGGAAUUUCUUCUUCUCCAGCGUGCAGUGAAGAAUGCCUUUAUAAACGGUUCGGCAAUAUUUACUCUGAGCUUCAUGUCUGCCCCCACUGUCCUUUCUAGUUCUCACUUUAUUUGUCCAUUUUCUAUGACCGUACUUUCCACGCUAAAUCUCUGCGUAUCUGAAUGCGAACAGCUGACGUGUCUGGGAGCAUAUCCGGUGCAUUUAGUUUCUAAAGAAAUUCUGCAGCGAAUUCUGCAGAUAAAGGGCAUACAUGCUCUGCGCCAUCUACCUUUCAAGUCUGUUGCUUAUGCUCCAGAAAAUACGGAUAUUAUGGAUUUACCAAUAGUCCAAAGCUAUUACAGAUUUCUUAAUGCGCUAAAUUCGGACGAGUCACGAUCCACUGCUUCUUUGCCGAUUGCUCCUAAGCAAUCCGUUUCUGAACAGAUUGACUCGUUGACGGAUGCAUAUCUAGCUGCUAAGGUCGAUAAAGCCCACAAGGAGAAGGAUGACUCUUCCCCCGUUAUGUUUUCUGCCCAGUUCGUGGACGGCGACCUACUGUCAGCGCCAAAGAGAGAGUCUGUCUUUCGUGGGGAUACCAUUCUGCAUACCAUCUUCUCUCUCUUCGACUUCGGUUCUUUUGACAAUAUCUCAGAGUCUCUCGUGAGCACCUUCUCCGAUACCCUAGCGAACAUUAUCGCAGAGCAUCAUAGUUCUCCAUUUACCCAAAUUAAUGCUUCUUACAAGACGCCGCUUCAAAUGAUUAACAUUAACUCUCUUGAUCAGGCGUUGCUGGUCCUGGCUGUUGUCAAAAAGGUCGAUCCGGCCCUGCUUGCUCCUCAUGUGGACGCCUCGGCAGAUUAUCCAUCCUUGGUCCAUUACUUUUUGUUCAAGCUGAUCACAAAUUCUAGCGAGCAUGUUCUAUCUCAGAUGCUUCCGCUGGUUCCUAAAGCUAUCAUGCGUGAAUUCCUACUCGCUCCGUGCUACUCGCUUUCUAAUGCCAUCUUAUUAACAGCUCUUUUACGGCGAGGGGUAAGCGAUGCAGAUUUUCUCAUAGGCGUUUACCAGCAGUACGGUUGCUUAAAUGAAGCAGCAGUGAUGCCCGACUGUGGCGGGUGGUGUGCAAUAACCGUUGCGCUCCAGAAUCCUGAUAUCCUAGAGGUACCCGGUGCGCUUUUUGAAGCGGCCAUGAAGUCCCCCAAAGAGCUUCUAGUCAACAAAUAUGGACACACACCUUUGCACUGUCUGUUUUUUAAUGGACGCCUUGUAUCUCAAACACCGCAUAAGGACAAGGAGCAAUAUGUGUAUGGUUAUCACGUGCUAUCAGACACAAAGAUAGAUCCCGUUUUCAAGCUCUCAGUGGCCCAACAACUCACCGAGGCAAGCACAUCUAGUGAUGCAAUUUCCCAAUUAGACAGAUUUGGAAUGACACCCCUCCAUUAUGCUGUCAUUUCUUCAGCCUUUGUAUGCAUGGAAUCUCUCUUGGGCAAAUACAGUUCCAUACAGCUGCUUGAUAAGGCUGGCCUAGAUAGGGACGUCACACCUCUGGAAUUAGCGCUCGCGCGGAAAUCGGAGCCAAUGGUUCAGCUGCUGCUUCAGAAGGGUGCAAAUCCGCUGCGGCGGACCUCUGUGACGUCGUUUUUGGGGGAGUCCCUUACUGUUUUUGCCCGUCUCAUUCAAAACGGCUAUCUCAACCUAGCGUAUACCGUCAUCUAUCAGCACGCAUCAAUGAAGAGCUUGUUGCUGAGCGAGGCCCUUCAUGCUAACACUACAAACUCCAAGCCCGUUCUGCGAGCCCUUACAGAUGGAGCAACUGAGGCAUGUGUUGCGUAUUUGGCGUUGUCUAUUUCAGGGAGAUCUGUAGACAAGCAGAUAGUGAAGGCUAUCAUGGACUUGUUGCAGGGCAUCUACGUUGGAACAGGAAAGAAGUUCCACAUGACAACCUGGCUAGGCUCCUUUGCUUUUUCGUCACCAAGUUAUUGGUUUAGUGGGGAUGAUAGUCUAUAUAAUUCGUUCGUCAAACUGGCAGCUGUAACAAACUUUGCGGAAACCAGCUUGGCAUUUAAUCUUCGCCUAAUUACAUCUAAUAUCCCCGUUAAGCUGAUUUGCAACGGUUUACGUGUGCGCCACUUGGUAAGCUCUUCAAAAGCGAGUAGCGACUUUGAAAACGAUUCUGUCCUUAUUGAGAAGGCGUCGCCCAUUGAGCUCAUGCUUCUCAAGUUGUACCACACCCCCUGCCAAAGCGUUUUUACCGAGAAGGAAUUUCUUAUGCUGCUCCAAUUAUACGUCUGUAAGAGCCUGCAUAUUUCUCCUCUCGUUUCACGGAUUGUCCUUGACUUUCUCACUGCUACACAGGCAGGGACUCUCACGAGAGCAAACGUGCAGUUCUGCAGCCAGUUCUUCAAGUCUCUAAGUGCCAUGCUUGUAGUCGACGAGUGCUUGGUUCCCAACUUGGCGGUGAAGACCCUCAGGACGCACGCUAAAGAGUUCAUCGUGAAGCUAUUGGGGACCGAUGAGAUUCUGACCAGGCUAUUUACGGUCCUGACCCUACCUCCUCCUACGAAGGCGAAUUCGGGCCCUUGCCAAUUGAUUAUGCUAGGACAAUCAAUGAAUACUGAUGGCCGCUUUAUGGAGGACUAUACACCCUGUUGCUUGGAAAUUCUUAAGUGCUAUGUUGCGACAAACUCUGUUGUAUGGCAGUCGUUCUUCUCUGCCAUCUACGGAUUACAUUCCGAAAUGCACAGGAAUCCCAAGCCGGUGAUAACCCAUGUGUUCGAUCAACUAAAUAGCAUAAAUCAGGUGUCCAAGCCUACAAUGGAGACGCUGUUUUCCGCUGCUACCACAAGCUUGACCUCUCUUUAUAGCAGGGGAUGUGCAGAAAGUGUUGUUGCUGGAUAUUUGUCUGAUCUUCUGGAGGCCGCCAAGCAGAAGCAACUGUACGAUGAGAUGCUUACGCAGAUCUUGAGUAAGGCCCAGGAUAUUAAAGUGUCUGCUAAUAACGAGGCGUCGGCAUUCUGUGACUUAGUACCAGAUCUGGGUGUUGAGGCUUUGGAGCAUGAAUUCAUGGAAACCACGACACAUGUCGAAAAAAUACUCAAUGCUUCUACGAAUAAAACGCUGUUAUCAACGGAGCUUAGCGUGCCAAGCAUAGCCUUUGGCUGCUCUCAGGAGCCGGUCAAGGUGAUAGAGCAGGUGUUCCACAGCAUCCCUAGUCAGGCAUCCUCGGUGUUUUACCAAGACGGCUCCUCUCUACGGGUAGACGGCCGCCCAUGCCAUUUCAUGCUAGUCAAUGUUUUGUCACGAAGGAACAGUCUUCUGUUAGCAUUUCAUAGUUAUAGCCUACGAUUUAAUCAAUGCGCCAACAGAUACGCGUUGUUCUAUAAGUCCAGAAGAAGCGUAGCAGAGCUGAAGGGCGGGUGUUACUCCUGGCAGGGUAUAUCUGGUCAUUGGCCAGAAAAGGAGCUCUUCAAGUACGCGACAGUUGACCAGGCCAUCAGGUCCUUCCACUCAUAUUUCAAGAAGAAGUCGGGCCUUAAUUUUGUAGAUUGCUGCACAAACGGGCUCUCCCAGGCAUACUAUGAAAGCGCAGGAACCAUGAAGGGAAUAGUAUGCUAUGUAGGAAAAGACAUUGUUGGGAUCACGACCAGGUUCUUCGAGGUUACACCGACGAUUAAGAGCCUCCUUCCCAACCUGUUCUUGUACGGAGUUGCAUCCACGAUUGCCGCUAAAAUUGAUUCCGCCAUAAUACCUAAGCUGCCGGCAUCCGAUCGUAAGGAUUGGCGAGCCAUGAAAAUAAUAUCCUCCAUAGUAUUGGCUGCUCUGUCCACUAGUUUAGUUCGAGAUGAAGCUUAUUAUAAUGAGGAUCCUGGCUUCGACUGUACAAUACUGUCUCUCAAGCAAGCCUUGAGCGCUUACGAGGAGGCGAUCUUACCCGUUCUGGAUGCGCCUGGGUUUCUAAAGACAGUCAGGGCGAUAGAAAGCUCUGGCGAUGCACCCGAGACUUCCAGGGAAACCAUAUUGAAGGCUUGUGGCAUGGGAUUAUAUAUGCAUGAGCUUUCGGGCCUUCCCAUGCACCUACUUCCCAUGUUUGUUGUCUGUUCACGUCUAUCUUUGUACUAUCUAAAGAUGUACUUUUCUAACGUCAAGCUUGCACUUGACGGGGUACACCGUGGCUCACUGCUACUUCUAGCUAGCUUACGCAGCUUUGCAGAGUCACCGUCCAACAUGUCCGUUAAGGCAGCUGUCACCCUGGUGGAUCGUGUGUUGGGGGUGAAAUUACAGGCUCUGGAUAGGCAGACAGGCUUCUUGUUGCAGACCCUCAGUGAUUUGCCAAAGAGAACGGUUAUUUGCCGUGUCCGUGGGUGGAGCGACAGUAACGCAAUCACAAACUUGAUAAAUCGCACAAGGGAGUUUGUAACUGAGCUCUCUAAGGGCCGCAGCCAGUGCCCAGAGUCGUGGAUCAAUAGACGAGAGUGUCCAGAAAAUAGUGAGAGUAAGAGCAACGUCGAUUGGAGUGGUGCUAACCUUCUUUGGGUCUCCUCUGAAUCUUCUAUUAACGGCCUGGCAACGCUAGUAUCUGGAAUCCUUAGACCCUCCAGGUACGAUCAGUGGAGCCCGUGCAACUAUGGCUUCAAUUUCAGCACGAUCCCUCUGCAUGGUGUUAGCGCAUCUCCCUCGAUAUCCCCUGGUGCGUCUCUUCGCUUUGGGGUGAUUGUUAAUAAUGUAUCUAGCUUCCUUUGUGUGCCUCAAUCAAUCAACCCAGAUGUCAUGAAAGUGGCGCCUGGUGUCUUCUGGUCACUAGGCAGAGACGGACCUGUUCAAGAAUACACUGCAGCUGGUUUCAGAUACAAUUGGCCGAACCAGCGUGUAACGGCUGUCUCUUUCACGCCAGAGGAUAUGCACAUCCAGUACGUUGCCCUCCUCUAG